GUUUGGAUUACGACUUUUGCGCAUGCAUGUGUGUCGCAAAAUAGAAAAGCCUCAGCUCGACGCUCGCCAUCAUUCUCGCGAAUACCCCGUCGGCCUGCGGACACAACUGAAUGAGUCUCGCGAUCCGCCGCAGCUUGAAUAAAAAAAACAGUUCGCAGUAAGCGAAGAGCAAGAAGAACAUUGUGGUGAUUCGUUUCGUGGUGUUUUUCGUUUUAGAACCUUAAUUAAAAACAUUAGGAAGGCACUGAUUGGAAGAAAAUGUUCCGAGCUAGCUAAUCAUUAAAACUAGCGGGUUUUCGCGAUUCGUGGCACUUUUUCGGGAUUUUUCCUCUGCCAAGUAAAAUAAAGGUAGAGUAUUGCGUGUGUGUAACUCUGCGUCCUUGUUUGAAUGUUUGCCUCUGCCUAUAUUAAGGUAGAUAAGCGAUUGAAUCGAAGUUUUAAAUCGUGAAAAGUAAGAAAGUUUUGUCGUAAAUUGAAGUUAAGCUUAACAAAAAAAAGGCUCUUGCAUGUUAAAGGCCGUUGAAGAGAGAGGGGAAACAAAAUGGAAGAGUCGCAACAGCUGCACUUUUCAAUCCGCCACAACCACAGCGGCAAUAGUAAUAACAAACCGCUGAAAGACAAUUCGCUGCCAAACGCUAGUGGACACGACGGCAGUGGCCACUUGGCCGAUAGUGGGUAUAAUUCGUACCAAUCGUUCAAUGCAUCAUCUUCCGUCGUUCGAUCGGUGCUGGCCACGAUCGAAGAAGAUAAUGAGGCGGAUUCUAGCUUCGAGGAACUACGGGGAUCGGAAACACCAUUGAAAUGCAGUAGUAUUUUGACUCCUACUACGGCGGCAAGUAUCGAACAGAUUUCGAAAUUCCAUCUGACCACGCCUAACAGUGCCGUUAAAAGACCGAUAGCCAAACGAAUCCCUCUGGCCCACAAACCUACGUGCCAGAAUCUUUUCGUCCAACGUACACCUGAGAAGUCAGCAAUGGAGAAUGUGUUCGAAUCGGGAGGUACACCUCUUCGGUCCGGUAGAAAAUCUACAAUGGGAAUCGCAACUCCACGAAAGAACAAAUCUUCUGCUAAGCGUAAAUUAGCUAGUUUUCGUGAAAAGCUCUAUUCGGAUGGCGAUGUAGAUAAGUUGCGAUCUUCCCCAAGGCAUGUCGAUUCGUUGGAGAGUGAUUGUAAAAAGUUAGAUCAGGAAGAUAUUUCUCCUAUCUUUCAUUCUAAGCGUCGUAGAAAUUCGGUUAUCGAUGAUUUCAUGCGUUCAAGCACACCGAAGACAGCUAGUUUUGAAUGUAAUUUUUACGUUGAUGGUCGAGAAAACAUCAACUGGGAAGCGCUACAGCAUGAGAAAGCCAUGGGUGUUGGACAUAAGCCAUUGACCUUGCGUAAGUUCCAAAGUUUUAGUCCAAGCAAGAUGCACAGUUAUCGGAAGCGGGACACGAUUCUUCAAGAAAAAUCAAUAAAUACCAAUCGCAGAGCUCCUCUCCGAAGACAGAAUGCUUUUCAGGAAUCGUCACCUAGACAGUUUUUUCCUAAAUCAUCAACUAUUCAAUGCAAACCAUCACAGGAGCAAAAUAUUGAGUCGCCUAGAACUAUAAACCGCUUCGUUCCAGUAAAGGAUAUUAGCAUCACCGCUUUGUUAGAUGCACCGUUGCUUUCGCAACAUGCAUCUGGCGAUAAGCUGAAGGAAUCUGAUGUAGAUCACGAAAUCUCCCCACUCCCGUCAUUCGACGAUUGUAGCUUCACUCCCAAGAAGACAAGCUGCACUGAAAAAGAUCUUCCACAAAACGAUUCCGUUAUCCGUGAGGCUCCAUUUUAUAAUGCAUCUGUUGCAUCUAUUCUGGAAAACGAAUCUCCUUUGAUUUCCAUUGUAAGCAUUCCUAGAACACCCACCUCGGCGAAUAAAUCUCGCAAGCUAAAGCGGUUGUCUUCACGCAGUUUAUCUUCUGGGAAAAAAGAUAAACCUCGCAGCAAACCAUCUUCGCCAAAACUUCGAUCGCAACCGACAAUCCCAGGAGCAUACCGUCGCUCGUAUGUGGGCGUUGAACGUCUGAACAUUCUUAAGCGUCUGAAUGAGCAUGACAAAGAUGCUCUGGAUGUAAUUCUCGAUUAUCUGGCCGACAGCGAUCUGGUACAGGUGGUAGCAGUUUCGCGAGGUUGGCGUUCCAUAAUUCUCCAGCACCGUCGCGUUAAUCGGAGACUACGAGCAUUUUUACUUCGCGAAUCGCACAUCAAAGAGAAUCUCGAUCGGACCGGAUCGGCUUCGCGGGACUGCAGUUUACUGGCGUCCGGUAAAUCAUUGAACUGUGAUGUGGGAAAGGAAUCGGCUCCGCAGCCGGUGCAGCUGACCCGUCAACCGUUCAGCUUGUGCAACUCCAUCGAUGGCAGUUUGUCCGCGAUGGAAUCCAAACGAGCAAAUUCGGUCCAGAAAUCACCACCGGUCAGCCCGUCCAAGAGGAAGUUCCGCGAGAAUCAGAAGAUUGCAUCGCACCUCAAAAAAUCGGAAAGACUGAAAGCUUGCCCACGCUGUGAGAAACCAAGCCGCGUAGUGCUUGGUAAAUCAUCCGUCAAAUGUGCGAUGCCUGCGAGCACCGUAAACCUUAGCGCAGUGACAGCAAAGCUAGAGAAAUCCUACACGCUACCUGAUGCCAGCAGCAAUAAUUCCACCAAUCUUGAGACUGUCGAUAGUCCUCUGUCCCCCAAUGAUUCGAACCGAAUUCGUAGGAACUUAUUCUCAACCAGUUUGCUACCGAGAUCCUGCUCGAUGGACGCUCGAAUCACUCCGGUCAGUAGGGCCGCUCGUCGGCGCAAUUCGGCCGAUACAAGUACGGAUUCUUCCGGUUCGCUGCUAGAGCGUAAGAGCAGAAAUGGCAACCGGCAGCGGCGCGGAGAUGAGUCCCAGUGUGAUUACGCGAUAUGCAGUGGAAAAAGCUGUGGGUUCGCGUUCUGUAUCAAAUGUUUGUGUGAGUUUCACCCGAACUCAGUGUGCAAAGAUUUGGCACCGAAUUCGCCCAGCAAAGAGGAGGAACCAGUUCACAAUGUUGCAUGUAGUAAGCAAAGUCGUCGCUCACUCUUAAGACUGCGAAAAUAGUGUGCUUUUAUUUCACUGAUAGCUCCAGGGAUAGGUUUUAAUUCACUAAACGGUAUUCUUAUUGUUUUAAGCAGUGACAGUUAUUUAUUGCUAUCCUUUAGGGUUGCACGCAUCCCCGUUCCAGUUUCCCAGUUGAUUACCUGUAUUCGUAUGUUUUGUAUGCUUUUUUUUUAUUUUAAUAUGUUUAUUUCCUAUCAGAUAUGAGAUUGUAUUGAUUUUGAUUUUUUACUUAAAGCAGAAACGAAGAUAGUAAUAUAUUUCAUGCUAUUCGUUUUGAAAGACAAUACCAUUUACUGUAGUCAGCUCUGCAAAGAGAACAUUAUCCCAGUACCGUUAUAAACGUCUCCAAUGCGAGGUUCGAUUGAUCAGAAGCUACCAGGGUUAGUUUUUACCAAAAAAGAAAAGAACAAAUUUUGUCUCCUAGUUUAAUUUUAUCAGACGCCUUAAUCGUGAAAAAACUAGUAUACUAUUAUGGUAAUGAGUUUACACUCCAAAAAAUAGCACUCAAAUCAACAUCGGAAACAUGCCGAGUCGUUGUAGUUUAUUGAGCAGUAUAUCAUGACAAAAAUAUCCGAUUCAUUCCUAACGCUACCUCGUAAACCAACACAGCAACAAUGCUGAAUGUUGAAUCUUAAAUAUUAAAUGUACGCAUGUGUACUACAUCACUGCAACUCAACUAGGGUUAAAUAUGUAGGAAUUGAUUCUUUUACGUUCCAUAAUAAAAUUUGUUGAAAAUAA